AUGACAUCACAUGACUGGCCAUCCCCCCUCCUCUCCCCCUUCAGGCUGGUGAGGCUAAAGGCUGGCGGAAAUGAGUGCCGGAUGCGGUGUGCAGGGAGAGACGAUGCGUUGGCCCUCCCCCUCUUCUCUUCCUCUUUCUCUUUCUCUGUUCCAUGCAAUGCAUGCAUCGUGCGCGAUGAGUGGGCAAGGCCAGCCUAUUUUGUCGCUUUGGUGCAAUGCUCGUUGCUGCACAGGCCAGCGCUGAGUGACAAGACUUCCUUCCGGCAGUCUGCCGUGGCAAGUGGCACCGCAGCGCUCUUGCCGUGGCUGGGGGAGUCGGCGUUUCCCCAUCCAGCGUUCUUUCCUGCCACCGCUCACCGCCCACUGUCACUGUGCAAGUUACCCUACAUGUCAAGCUUCAACGCAUUCACGACGGCUGAACAGAGGCAUCUCUUUGCCCUACAGGGCCCUGACCAUAACCGCUCCCCACAGUCACUUUCGCUCGCUAGGUCAAUGGCACAUCCGACUGCACGACCCGCCCUCGCUCCCCCAACCGCCUUUCCCCCCGCCCUCACCUCGACACCCUCGCCAGCGCCGACUACAACGCCUGCAAGCACCGGAUCGAAUAGCAACACCUUCCUCAUGUCCGCAAGCCCGGUGCGCAGUCGCAGGUCCGCCGUCGAGGGCUACAAGCCCAGGAUGAUAUCCACCAUCGGCGCCAAGCCUGCCUGCCUCGUCAACGCCUCCGUCACAUACGUUGGCGACGAUCAAAUAUAUGCUUUUGGAGGGUUUGAUCAAUACACCGACGAAGUGUACAACCACGUUCUUCGGCUGAAUCUUCUAACCCGACAGUGGAACCUGGUAGACAACUAUGGCGACAUCCCUGGGGUCCGCAUGGGCCACACGGCAUGUCUGUGGCAGGGCAACAAGCUACUCGUGUUUGGUGGAGAGAAUGAGCACCGCCAGCAUCUUGCCGACGUAAUAGUAUUCGACCUCAAGACGGCGCACUGGACACAGCCAGAACUUCACGGGCCCAUACCGCGCGGACGCGCUCGGCAUUCGGCUGUGAUAUACGAUGACAAAUUGUAUAUUAGCGGCGGACAGACAGGCCACGACAGUGUACUAGAUGAUAUAUGCUACCUUGAUCUCAAGACUUGGACCUGGUCGCGCACCUGGAGAUUCGUGCCUAGAUAUGAUCACGCAAGCUGGAUCUGGAAUGGCCGUAUCUGGAUCUUUGGAGGCAUCAAUGAUGAUAUGGAGAAGAGUAACGAGAUCUGGUGGUUGGAUCUACGUGGCAGCCCGGAGUUCGAUCAUGCCAUGAAAUUUGGAACCGGUGACCGGCAACUGACCUCCUCUCGUCAUAGGUUUGCCGUCCCUGCAUCCGGCCAAGUGGCUACAGGCAGUACCGGCUAUACAGCCAACUCAAGUGUCCAGUCUUACCAUGGCAUGAGUGCUAGUAGGUCUCCAUAUGUUGCACCUGGAUCCAUCUCGUCGCUCAAGUUCCAUUCCAGCCCGAAUCUACCAUCGCAAGCGGCUGGAACUCACUUUCACAUUUUUUCCUCCGGAUGCCUGCUGGACUUUGUCACACCAGCUGAGCUAAGUUGCGAGACGAGCUUGUCCAGUCUGGAGCUGGAUACCCUCCGAUGGCAGAAGUUGGCAGAGGGCAAGGAUUUGUACAGUCCUAAUUAUCGCUGGCAUUACUGCACGACCAAUCCGGAAGGAACACAUGCUUGGCUGCUCGGAAGCCCUGUUGAAUCGACAGGGGAGGGGAAUCACAAUGGCGAGUAUCUGAGUGAUGUGCUUGCCAUCGAUCUUCGCAAGUACGGCAUCUUAGGAAACGAGCUGGCCUCGGAUUCGCGAUCUAAGAUGAUGCCGUCAUCUGACGCCAAUGUUUCCUCUCACCUCAGUGGUAUCGGCGCAGAUUUAUCCCUGACGUUUGAUCAACCACCGGAGAGUGGCAACGGUGCCGACUUCAUCAUUACGGCAGAUGCAGAUGACGAAGACUAUGUUGACGUCUCGCCAACGACCGGUUCCCCGUCAUUGUCGACUACGCCUGUAUCACGACCCAUUCACGUUCAUAAGCUGAUUCUCCACGCUCGCUGGCCGCAUUUUGCUCGGCUCUGGAGUGCUCAGAUGGCGGAGUUCCAUUCCAAGAAGAUGCACAUUCCCGAACCUUAUUCGGCUGUUCGUGCUUUCUUGUUCUAUCUCUAUACGGACAGCAUUGCACCCAACCCGCAGAGCGGUCCGUCUCUGAGUGAUGUUGCGGGUAUGCUCGUCAUGUCGAACAUAUACGACAUGCCUCGUCUGCGUCUCCUCUGUGUCAACCGACUGGGUCGAGAGCUUGAUGUUGAGCAUGCUGCUGUUAUCUGGGAGCGUGCUGCGACGGCGGGAGAGGACUGGCUCAAACAGCGAGCUGCAGCCUUUUGCAUGCAAAACUUUGGUCGCGUAGUGCGCACAGCAGGGUUCCGCAAUCUGAGUCCAGCGAGCGUGAUUGAGCUCUGCUGUGAAGCCAGUCCAGAGUCGCGAGUGGUUGGGGGUGAGGAGCUGGAUCUUCUAGGUCAGGUGACGGGUCGCACGUUUGGUGUUGCCAGCACGCGUAAGCGUAGUCUGGGCAGUGCUGGGGUGCUGACUGGGGGUGAGGAAGAUGGAGAGGAGGAGGUGGAGGAUGAGGGCAUGGACGUGAAUUAA